GUGGCCGUGACACAGGUUCAACAGGGGGGCAAGGCGGUGGUGUCGGUUAUGAUUCGACAUUUGCUCAACGGCGGGAGAGGGCAGAUUCAGUUGCCUAUGCAGCCGCUUCGGAUUCCAGGGGGCCUGACCUCUCGUCGGGGAUUGUUGAGCACCUGCGGGGUCCCGUUCUGGCUGCCGCUCGCCCUCCGCGACCUCCAUCGGGUGUGCAGCAGUCGUCCAUGACCAGUUACGUAGUGGAUGAGUUGCAGAAGGAGUUCGACCAGGGGGUUAGUUCGUUCUUCUUUGAGAAUGCCAUCGCCUUCAAUGCCGCGCGGUUAGACUCGUACAAGAACUUGGAAAGGAUCAUGAACCUGGCAGCGAGGUCGAGGAAGAUUUUGCGAAUGCCUGGGUACAACUACUUGAGGACGAAGGCCCUGCCCGCGGAGUACAAAGUGGUGGACAAUGAUUUGGACAACAUCCGAGAGCCGUGGGAUGUCACAGGCCUCACCUUGAUGACGGAUGGCACAACAACGACCAGCAACAGGCCGGUCAUGAACUUCAUUGCAGCUGGCGAUUCGGGGGCGGUCAUGGUGAAGAGUGUGGACAUGGAGGGGAAGGGCAAGUCGGCUCCGACUUUGGCGAGGAUGUGGGAGGAAAUCAUAAGGGAGUUGGGGGUGCAUAGGGUCAACGCCAUCUGCACCGACUCAGCACAGGUCAACAUUGCUGCCAGGAAGAUUUUGGCUGAGCACGAGGACCCUGCGAUCAGUAGCAUUCAAUGGGUGCCGUGCGCAUGCCAUGUGUGCAACUUGCUCAUGUCUGACCUUGCUUCGAUGUCAUGGGUCGGGGAGGUGAUUUUGCAGGGCAGGGAGAUCACAACCUUCAUCAAGAGACAUCAAUGGGCAUUGGCGAUGUUCCGGAAAAGUGGGAGGGAGUACAGGACACGGAUGAACAUCAAAGAAGGGAGGCCGAUGGAGUUGAUCCAGCCGGGGGAGACUAGAUUUGGCACAAACUUCCUCAUGCUGCAGCGACUUCGGGAGUAUGAGGGCGUGUUGCUGCACACUGUUUCCAACCCGCGGUGGGCUGACUCUCCAUGGGACGGGACAGCAGUGACACGGGCAUGGUCGUGCAAGGAGCUCAUACGAGACCCUGCUUGGUGGUUGACCGUGGAGAGGGCAUGCACCUUGCUUGAGCCCGUUUUCACCUUGAUGAAGAACAUGGACAGAAAUGGGAGGAGGGGUAUGCAGUUCACCCGAAGAAUUCAAAGGAGUACAAAGAGUGUUGGAACUCCCUUAAGAGUUUCCAUCACAUGGAUCCGGAGUGGUUCGGGAAAGAACUCUGAGGAGGCUUUGACGGGCGGUCAUGUGUCUAUGGCGAAGUGGUGGUUGACUUAUGGGAAGAGGCACCCAGCCUUGACGAAGAUCGUUGUCAAAGUGCUCAGCAUGUGGACCACAGCCUCUCCUUGUGAGAGGAAUUGGUCCACGUUCGAUCUCAUUCACUCGAAGAGGAGGAAUCUGUUGAGCCCGGAGAACCUGGAGAUGCUCGUCUUUAUCCACAGGAACAAGAAAUUGCUGCGCAUGUCAAAGGCGAAGAUGGGAUUCGUGAACACCGAGCAGCUAGAGUGGGAGACACCCGAGGACGACGCUCCUUUCGACGGUUUCAUGCGACAAGGGGAGUACGACCCCGCAAAGGUGAAGAGGAGGGCUGCCAACUGGUCGAAAUCUCGAGGGCGUAGAUCGAAGAGUACCAGAUUCGACGUGCGGGAGAUUCAGGAGGAGAGGGCGGAUGACGGAGCAUGGCUCCUUGAUCUUUCCUACCGCCCUCGCCGUCUCGCGGAUGACGACCGUGGGAAGAGCACUGCUGCUGUUGAUGAGGAGGAGGACGACAAAGACGACAGCGAUGGUGAUGAUGAGGUACUCGAAGUGCACCUCACAGACAAGCGGUUUGGCAGGCGGUCGGGCGGCGGGUCAUGUUCCACGACACAUGUCGACAUCACGCCGCUGGCUGGCCCUGCAUCCGGUGGCCCUUCGGCGGUUGCUACGGUGUCAUUGAUGGACGACACUAGUGCCCGUACACGACUGCGCAGCUGCGCGGCCGGUGGUGUGGCUUCAGUUCAUGGCACCAGCACAGUCUUGGGCGCACAACACACUCCUCACCGGCGACCUGCGGUCGAGGAACCAGCCACAGGGCGGGGGGCAACAGACGGGGGAUCGGCGAAUGUUGACGAAGACAAUGCUGCUGCGGGGGAUGUACGAAACUUUGGUGUGUCUACGGACGUUCCGGUUCCCGGCGCUGUUGAACGUGAGGAUGGAGACAUCGGUGCGGACAAGGACCACCACUGUUGAACGUGAGGAUGAUUCUAGGGCCCUUCGCCUAUAGCUUAAGCCACGGAAAUGCCCGGAGUGGCCAUCCCACAGA